AUGCCUCUGGGCCUGCAGUGCAACAGCGGCGUCCAUCCCACUGGCUUCCCAGCACCCAUGUUGACCAUCCCGCACCAUGCCUAUAUAUUGGAGAUGCUCCUGUCUUUGCUGCUGUGUGCCAUCUGUCCGCUCGUCCUACCGUCCUCCUCUACCCCCAGCCAAGCCUCAGAUGACUCCAGACUCCUACAGGUGACCAUCCCUACGACCCCUCCCUUAUCUGCCGUCUUGGGGGGCUCUCUUACCCUACCUUGCUUGGUGUCUCUGUCCCACCCGCCCCCCAACACAAAUGGCCGCCACGCCGUACUCUCCCUACCCAGGGUCAAGUGGAGCGUGCUGUCCCAGGGACACGAGACUGAGAUCCUUGUGGCCCGAGGGGACAGGGUGAAGGUCAGCGAGGCCUACAAGGACAGAGCCUCCCUGCUCCAUUACGUCUCCUCCCCAGCCGACCUCACCCUGAGGCUGGAUGGCCUGCAGUACAACGACUCUGGCUUCUACCGCUGUGAGGUGCAGCAGGGCCUGGAGGAUGCCGACGAUGUGGCUCAGGUCAAGGUCAAAGGGGUGGUGUUCCACUACCGGGAUGCUUCCAGUCGCUAUGCCUUUACCUUUACGCAGGCCCGGGACGCCUGUGAAGAGAUCGGGGCUCACAUCGCCACCCCAGAGCAGCUCUUGGCAGCCUACCACAGUGGCUAUGAGCAGUGUGAUGCGGGCUGGCUCUCAGACCACUCAGUGAGUUGUUUAAGACUAUGUGGUAUCAACACUCUUCUUCACAGAUAUCCCAUCCAGAUGCCACGAGAGGGAUGUUUUGGAGACAUGGACGGGCAUCCUGGAGUGAGGAACUAUGGGCUGCUGGAACAUGAUGAGCUGUACGAUGUAUACUGUUAUGUGGAGAAUAUAGAGGGGGAAGUGUUCCAUGGCUCUUCCCCCCGAAGUUUCACCCUGUGGGAAGCUAAGGCCUAUUGUCUGGCUCAGGGAGCAGAGCUGGCUACCACAGGUCAGCUGUAUGCAGCCUGGAAUGACGGAUUGAACGCCUGCAGCCCGGGGUGGUUGGCUGAUGGGAGUGUACGCUACCCCAUUGUCACUCCCAGGGAGCGUUGUGGUGGAGGGGAGCCUGGGGUCAGGACUGUCUAUCGCCAUUUGAACCAGACAGGCUUUCCAGAGGCACACACUCGCCACGACACUUACUGCUUCCGAGGCAACAGCAACACUCACACCGAAUCUCCCCAUGAUUACCUGGCUACAGAGCCAGAGGACAUCGGCCAGGACAUUGUGACGCUGUCUGAGCCUCUGGAGGAAUUCAGCCUGGGUCAGGUGACAGAGCAGGUGGUGAGCAAAGAAGCUCAGGGCUCCCUGUCUGCCAUCCUUGUUCCAGAGGAGCAGCACGCAUCAGUGCAUAUAGAGGAGCAAGGGGCUGUCCCUGGGGAGCAGUACCCAGAGCAGGGGGCUGUCCCUGGAGAGCAGUACCCAGAGCAGAGGGCUGUCCCUGGAGAGCAGUACCCAGAGCAGAAGGCUGUCCCUGGGGAGCAGUACCCAGAGCAGAGGGCUGUCCCUGGGGAGCAGUACCCAGAGCAGAGGGCUGUCCCUGGAGAGCAGUACCCAGAGCAGAAGGCUGUCCCUGGGGAGCAGUACCCAGAGCAGAGGGCUGUCCCUGGAGAGCAGUACCCAGAGCAGAGGGCUGUCCCUGGGGAGCAGUACCCAGAGCAGAGGGCUGUCCCUGGAGAGCAGUACCCAGAGCAGGGGGCUGUCCCUGGGGAGCAGUACCCAGUGCAGGUGGCUGUCCCUAGGGAGCAGUACCCAGAGCAGGUGGCUGUCCCUGGGGAGCACGGAGAAGAACAGGGGUUUGUUCCUGGAGAACACGGAGCGGAGCAGGGGGCUGUUACUGAGGAGGCAUACACCAAGGAGGAUGGAGAGGAGCAAGGGGCUGUGCCUGGGCAGCACGGAGAGGAACAGGGGGUUGUUCCUGGGGAGCAGUACCCAGACCAGCCUGGAGAGGAGCAGGGGGCCGUCGAUGGCCAGGGCCCUACUGUUGUCUAUCACGCCCUACCCUUUCCGGUUGAACCCCAAGACCCAUUCACCCCCACAUCCUUCCCCCAAGACCUGGAGCCCACAGAGGACACCUGGCAGCCGGUGAAAGAGGUCAGCAACCCAGAAACAUAUCAGCCUGCCCCUAAGGGGGCAAACGUAGACUUAAACUACCCAGUCACACCCUAUGAUGAGCUGAAUGCAAACCCAACACUGUAUCCACCUUCUCGCGAGACAAAUUAUGACUCAGGUGAUCUUACAACUGCUCAUGAAGACAACAUUAGUAGCCCCGAUCCCUACCAGCCCUUGUCAGAGUCAAACGUGGAAUCAGGAGAGCUCUCAAUAGAGGGUGUUCUAGGGACUACUCUGGAGGCCCCCGUGCCCACUACUGCAUAUGAGGACGUGGACAGGUCCAGUGAUCCACAGCCCAUUCCUGGCACAACCACUGAGAGUGGUGAGUCUCAGUAUGGUAUUUCAGAGGAAAGCCAUCUGCAAACAGGGAUCACCCAGGAGACCGAACACUACACUUUUACCUCUGAGACCGCAGGCUACAAUGUAUCAGGAGUUGAAGCCACUACUAGUCAUGACAGCUCUCCAGAGGAGCAACUGGAAAGUGGGCUGCCCACACCUCCUGAGGAGGACCACUCCGGAGAUGAGCAUGUCAUCCAGGAGCAUGUCACAGACACAGACUCGGUCUACCCAAGCACCUCUUACGACCUCUCAGGAGGGUCCAUCAGGCCUGAGGGAGCCAUCGCUGGGGGUGUUGAGGAGACAUCUGUAUCUUCCACUUCACCUCACGAGGAAACGGAGCUCUUCCCUGACCAGUCCACCACUCAGCCUCCAUACUGGGAGAGCACACCUGAAUACCGGCGUACCAACUCUGUGGACCACAGUGCCAGGGUCCUUCUCCCUGAGGAGCAUACCACAUCACUGGACUCAUUGGUCCUCCAGACAGGGGAGAACAGUGGCUCUGCUACGGCUGAGUCAGGAGACCUGGCUACCCUAAGCCCAGUGGAGAGGGACCCCUAUGAACUGAUCCCUACCUCUGAAUAUGCUUUUGACCCCACUCAGGAGCAGUCUGGUGUCACAUCACCCGACUCCUCUACCCUAGAUGAGCAUGUGGAGCAGGAGGCAGGAGGCACAGUGGACUCAUUACCAGAGGUUUCCAUGGGCUCCACUGACCUGGGUUCAGUUCAAACUGACGAAGUCCUCACAGUUACUUAUGACACUGGCUCUAGUGAAGCCUCUGGGGUCCACGAGGGAAUGCUUGACGUUACCCUCUUGACAUCCCCCAAACCUAUUACCUAUUCCCCCCCGACCCAGCGAUCCGUGGAAGCAGAGGCCAGCUCCCCAGGUGACUUCAUAACCUUCAUCCCAGAAACCAGCGUUCCAUCUGGGUUUGAUCCCCUGGAGGAAGGGCUGGGGAAGGUGGAGCAAGAGGGGUUGGGUGAAAUCCCAGAUGUAGUUGAAACUACUACCCCAGAGACAGCUUCUGGUGAGGAGGGGAGUGGAGAUGAGCAGAUUGGUCAGGAGGUGAGUGGAGAAGAGGAGAGUGGUCAGGAGGCGAGUGGAGACAAGGAGAGUGGUCAGGAGGCGAGUGGAGACAAGGAGAGUGGUCAGGAGGCGAGUGGAGACAAGGAGAGUGGUCAGGAGGCGAGUGGAGACGAGGAGAGUGGUCAGGAGGUGAGUGGAGACGAGGAGAGUGGUCAGGAGGCGAGUGGAGACAAGGAGAGUGGUCAGGAGGCGGUUGGAGACAAGGAGAGUGGUCAGGAGGCGAGUGGAGACAAGGAGAGUGGUCAGGAGGCGGUUGGAGACAAGGAGAGUGGUCAGGAGGCGAGUGGAGACAAGGAGAGUGGUCAGGAGGCGAGUGGAGACGAGGAGAGUGGUCAGGAGGCGAGGGGAGACGAGGAGAGUGGUCAGGAGGCGAGUGGAGACAAGGAGAGUGGUCAGGAGGCGAGUGGAGACAAGGAGAGUGGUCAGGAGGCGAGUGGAGACGAGGAGAGUGGUCAGGAGGCGAGUGGAGACGAGGAGAGCGGUCAGGAGGCGAGUGGAGACAAGGAGAGUGGUCAGGAGGCGGUUGGAGACAAGGAGAGUGGUCAGGAGGCGAGUGGAGACAAGGAGAGUGGUCAGGAGGCAGUUGGAGACAAGGAGAGUGGUCAGGAGGCGAGUGGAGACAAGGAGAGUGGUCAGGAGGUGAGUGGCCAAGAGGGAGUAGAGUCCGGCUCAGGUGAGGAGCACUCUGCAUCUGCUGAUUCUGCUGAUUCUGGAGAAAGCUCACGGAUCCUUGAACCAGAAGUCCCAUACAUCAAUGAAACUGUCACUCCCAUCAAUGGCACAACUGUCAAUAGCACAGAUGAAAGCGAGCCUGAGUCAAGCACAGAUGCGCCUUCUACUGACAUGGAGAUCACGCUGCUCCCUGAUUUGUACCAGACCCCCGUGCCCUCCCCCACCGUACCCCAGGAGUCCCGGGCCGAUGCAGAUCUGGAGUACAGUGGGGAGACCUCAGUCACGGAGGACCCUGUCUCCAUCACUCCACCCACUGAGGAGCCUGAAGAGACCCCCAGCCCGACGCCCACCACAGAGGACUACGAUGACCAGACUACGACGGCAGCACCCCUAUAUCCAGAGGACGUUGAUGAGGAGAAACUGAUUACCACUUCUACUACUCCAAGAUUUGGGAACAUUUCAGAUGCCUGCCUAGAUAAUCCUUGUUCCAACGGGGGAACAUGUGUGGACAGUGGGUCUUCAACCAAGUGCCUUUGCUUGCCCACCUAUGGAGGAGACAUGUGCCAGACAGACCUGGAGGUGUGUGAGCCGGGUUGGGAAAAGUUCAUGGGCUUCUGUUACCAACAUUUCACCAAGCGCCAGGGCUGGGAGGUGGCAGAGCAGCACUGUCGUUUGUGUGGCGGUCACCUGAUCUCGGUCAUGACCCCUGAGGAACAGGACUACAUUAAUGAUAAGUACAGAGAGUACCAGUGGACGGGACUGAAUGACAGGACCAUAGAGGGAGACUUCCGCUGGUCUGACGGGAAUCCUCUGUUGUAUGAGAACUGGUACCGGGGCCAGCCGGACAGUUACUUCCUGUCUGGAGAGGACUGUGUGGUGAUGGUAUGGCAUGACGGGGGGCGCUGGAGCGAUGUGCCCUGUAACUACCACCUCUCCUACACCUGCAAGAAGGGCACCUCUUUCUGUGGCCAACCCCCCAUCAUUGCCAAUGCCAAGGUGUUUGGUAAGUCGCAUCUGCGCUACGAGACCAACUCCAAGGUGCGUUACUACUGUGAAGAAGGAUUCCUCCAGACACAGAACCCCGUCAUUAAGUGCCUAUCCAACGGCCAAUGGGAGGAGGCUUUGAUCACCUGUCACCCUGCCCUGACCAACUUGGCAGAGGGAGAGCAGAAGGUCACGACGCCACCCUAUCAGAACGAGGGGGUGGAGGUGGUGGACACAGCCACGGAGAAAGCCACUUCAGAGUUCUGGGACAUCAAGUGGAACUAAUAAGGUCAUCAAACUCAAUAUGCCCAUUCCCUCUGCCCCCUUCCCUGGAAUCCUAUGUUCCACUCAAAGACUGUCCAACCUUGUCCCUCCAACAAGGUGGAGCCUUGUAAAAUAAAUGUUCUCCCUGAGAACGAGUCAUCACAUUCCUGUCACCAGCGCUUUCCAGGAUAAACCCAUUUAGAACAUCAACAGACUUGAUGUUACUCGGACCUAGUGCCGAUCGAUCACACUUACAAUAAGAGUACAUCCCAACAUAAGGCCACGAUUAGAGGGAAUGGAUCGAAUUUGCACAGUACAGUUUGUCAUUGGAAUGAGCUUUAACGAAGAUGUCCCAUCCAUCAUUGGGCUUGUUUGUUGUAUAAGGAUGUGUGAUUGUUGACUAGUGAAAUUCUUUGAUAUCCACCUGUGCUACGACACUGUUGGAUUACUGUAUUUGACUGAGUAACAUAUAUUAUGACAUGUUUAUGAGGGUGUACAGUAAGAUUUUGAUAGAGAGUUUCAGAAAAGUGCAACUUAAAUCUCAACCUCAGCUGGUCUGACAUUAACCGAAGCCACUUUCCCACCCUCUGCCACAAAGUCAGAAUUAAGAUGUCCACUUCCGUAUGCUAUUGUAUAAGAAAAUCUCCUUGUCAAUCCAUAUCUUCUCAAUUCCUACAACACAAAGCAUUUUCUCAACAUGUCCUCUUAUCUGGUGCUUUGUUUUAUCAGGUGUCUUACGAACUUUGGACCCAAUAUUAGAAGCCAAUUUCCACUUUUAAAGUACUUGGUUUGAAAAUAGCCAGAAUCCAAAGUUUGUUUUUUUAUACUCUCGUAGAAACGUAAUCACUAAGAUACUAGGAAGAACAUGUGAAAAUGUCCACAAUGGUAUUUCUGUUUUCAUGCACCAAUGAUGUCAUUGUCUUAGUUCCAGUGGAAGUAAUACUGUACGUUGGUAGUGUUUAACAGUAAUCAAAUAAUGCUAAUUGUAAAUCCCAUUUGUGACUGCACAAUUGCAUAUUGAACUUGUUAUGAAAGAAAAAAUGUAAUUGUACAACUAAAAAGGAGAUGGAUUAAAUAAGAAAAAUAUAGUUUUUGGAGAGUAGAAAAUAAAUAUCUAAUACAAUUAAUUGAUUACAAUGUAUUUAUCCAUGUGAA